AUGGACGAGUGGGCUAAACAGCUAAUGGACAAGUUCUUCGAGAAAGAUGGGACACCAACCCGCGACAGUUGCGAUGAGCGUGCUUUGUCUAUCCUCAACGGAGGCGCCAAAGAUGUGCAUCCCGUCGACGACCAGGGAUCGCUCAGCUACACAGUCAUAGCCACCACGUCUAUUAUCAUUUCGUUCCGCCGGAAGGGCUCCAAACUUGACGCGGGAAUGGUCAAGCUCUUAAGGAGAUUCACGCCCGUCGACGUCGCCACCCUGAAGUUUCUUGAACAGAAUAUUCGGCACAAGCUGGAAAACUUGAAGGAGUCCAUCUCGACCCAUGCUUACCUGGCAGAUGCCCUUGAUGAAAUUGAUAGCAGCCUCCAUACCCUAUUCGAUCAGGACUACCCCCAAGUCCUUACGCAUGGCGACUUGUCCCUUACGAACAUUCUGCUCAGUGAGGAGAACCUGUCUAUCACAGGGAUACUGGAUUGGUCGCUGGCAUAUGUGUUACCUUUUGGAUUGGAACUCGAUACACUGCGCCUGACUACUGGUACUAUGGACCUCCAAGGAUGGUACGACUACGAAUGCCGGGCCCGUCUCGAUGCGGCCUUCUGGACUGAGUUCUGGCAGGCUGCUUCGGUCAUGGAUGGAGGAAAACGGUCUAAGAUCAAGCAUUUGGCCGAGACAGCAGGAAAGCUCGGAGCCAUACUUCGAUACGCGUUCUAG